AUGAGAGGUCGUGCACCUUUACCGGUGCCCUCGGGGCUCCAAAAUGGCCACUCCCGUAACCCCUCCAGCCUCGAUAUGGCUCGCAGCCCGCCCAACCCGAGCAACAAGAAUACUAAACAUGUCCCCUGCAAAUUCUUCCGCCAAGGUGCUUGCCAGGCCGGCCCCGCCUGUCCGUUUCUGCACUCGACCGACGCUGCCGUGGACUAUGCUCCCUGCAAGUAUUUCACCAAGGGAAACUGCAAGUUCGGCGCAAAAUGCGCACUUGCGCAUAUCCUCCCCGAUGGCCGACGAGUGAAUCGACCCACUGGCGGUGGUGGUGGGAUGGGCAUGAGUGGCAGUCAUCUCAACUUGGGUGGCCGAGUUAACCCGCAGGCCUACGUUAACCAGGAUUCGGCCUUGACAAACUCUGUCCUGUCGCAGCAGCGCCUGAACGGCCACGAGGCACAGUACGCUCAACAGCUCUCUUCGCAAGAUGAUUCGGCCUUCCCGUCGGGUCAGCAGCAACCGCCAUAUGAUUCUAUCCCCACGAUUGACGCCGGCUUGGCUUCCGAUGCCGGUUCUAAAUACGGAUCUCCUGUGGAGGAUGUGCGGUUCCCCAUGUCGCCAAGUGCUCGCCAUCUGACGGCCCUUGAUGCCCCGCUCCCCGCAUCAUUUGAUAGCCAGGGCAUUUCUCAUGCUGCGCGCUACGGUCCGGUGGCUGCCUCGAUGCCCUCCAAAUUCGGCCUCGAAUUGUCCCCGCCAGCUCAGAGACCCGGUCAUUCCGAUGUGUUCCGGAACCUGCGGGACAUUGGCUAUAGCUCCGAGCUGCGCAAGCCAUCAUCGAAUAUUGGCUCCUCUCCCCCCGCGCCCGAAGAUUCAAUUGGACCUCGCUUUUUGCACUCUUCUCGCUCUGUCAAACCUCGAAUGCUAUCGGCCAGUGUUCCUCGACCAGCGGCUCUUGACGACUGGGAUGAUAAUUUCCCUAUGGAGGAAGAUUAUUUGCCUAUUAAUUUGCAUGAUGAUGUCCUUACGCCGCAGGAGAAAUUGCGCCGCCUAUCCCGAACAGAUCACGACUUCAGCUCCAGCCAUCGUGAUCCCAGCGGCCUGGGAAUGACGAGCACCAGCUUCUCGAAGAAUGGCUCGCCCCUCGCGUCAAGCCCGUCCCGAUUUGGCGCCUUGUUUGCCAAACAGAGACAGAGAAAAGAAGAUGAUGCCGUUGGGUCAUCAUUUCCCCACAUCGGCUCUCCACUCCGUGAAUCAUCAUUAAACCCCAUCGGCAGCCCAAGCCUGGGUCCCAUCGGCAGUCGCACCUCGCACGAUGGUUCACUAUUUGUUUCUAGCCCCGGCCGACAAUCUUCUAUGUCAAUGAUCUCCGAGCAGCUCAGUGGCAUGUCCCUCCAUCCUGGUUCUGCCCGACACUCAUCCGCCGGGCCAGGCCGCCUAGACCGAACCAUCCCCUCCCCGAUGACUACUAGCAAGAUCGAGGAGGAAGAGCAGAGUGACCUGGUCUUCUCCAUGGAGGAAGAGGAAAGUAAUAAACGGAGCAGCUCGUCCUGGGAUUCCGAGAACAAGGAGAGUUCGAAUGAAUCCUAA